CAAUCUACUGUCAAGUCUAUUCUACAUUGGCAGAACACCGAGAAGAGUUGGUCAGAAGUUCAUGUAUAUAAUGACUGAUCCCAUCUCUAGUUUUUGAAUCUUCACCUCUCCAUCAUAUAAUUACUUUAAUACUUAAUCUUAGUCUUUAAUCUUUACUCCUCCCAAAUCUACCUCAGCGAAAACUUAUCCCAUAUUAACAUAUCACCCCUCCAUAAAAUCAAGAUGCAAUUCUCCACCAUCCUCAUUGCCCUCAUAGCUGCUGCUCCUUUGUAAGUUCUCAUCUACCCCUCGGCUUUGAUUCAAUGCUAACUCAUAUUCCACAGCGUUGCUGCAAGCCCAACCCCUGAGGAACCUGUUGUUAAGGGUUAA